AUGCCGCGCACUUUGUUGAAGCUCGUUGGAGCCUUCCUUACUUUCAUCACCAUGGCUGCCGCCGCAACUGUCCCAAUCUCUAGAGGUACUUCAGUUAAUGACCUCGAGGCUGUUGAUAUGGCCUUCACCGGUACCAUUCAUGGCGUCGCUGUCCAACUCAACGGUAGCUCUGCUCAGUUCUCCACCCUCUACCCUGAGGUUGUUGCCGAUCACAACGCAAAUAACCCCGCUGUCGGUACUCUCGAGGACUACUUCACAUGGUAUCCUGUCAAUGCUUCCGUCGCUCCUCGUGGCACUGGCACUCCUCUCAUUGCUCGCAACAAGAUGCAACCUCCCCUUUGUUGGCCAGUUGGAAAUUGGGGAUGGGGUACGACUUAUGUGGACCGCAUCCAACAAGGAAUUUCCUAUCUGAACCAUCUGGGAGGAAGAAUCUAUCUUGACGUCGGAGCAAGAUCACGUAUCAGCUGCUCGUAUAGUGAUGCUAUCUAUGCAAAUAAUGACAAUCCUUACCCAAUCAAUCCAGCCACCGUGUACUUGGCCUCCUACGCCCAAGACCUUAUCAACUUCUGCCAAUUUCAAGAUCCAAACAGUAAAUUUUGGAUGGUCUGUGGACAGGAAUUUGAUUCAGAUAACUACAACGUCGUCGUCCGAUACGAUAGCACCCAAGGCUGUGGAUAA